CGAACGGAAUAAAGCGCAGUACAUGCUAACAACGGCGGCUAACAAAUAAACAGAAAGCUGUUUCGCCAUGGCAGAGACUCACAGCCUGCAGGACAUGAGGCAGCAGGCAGCCAUCGCCUCCAAAGUGUUCAUCCAGAGAGACUACACCAGUGGGACCAUGUGCCAGUUCCAGACCAAGUUACCAUCUGAGCUCGAGGCCCGGAUUGAUAAGCAGCAGUUUGAGGAAACUGUGAGGACACUGAAUAACCUUUAUGCUGAAGCAGAGAAGCUCGGAAGUCAGUCGUUUAUCGAGGGCUGUUUGGCCUGUCUCACUGCCUAUACUGUCUUUCUGUGCAUGGAGACGCACUACGAAAAGGUUUUAAAGAAGAUUGCCAAGUUUAUCCAGGAGCAGAAUGACAAAAUCUACGCCCCACGUGGCCUGCUCCUCACCGACCCCAUCGAACGAGGCCUCAGAGUUAUCGAAGUCACUAUUUUUGAAGACAGAAGCCUGACCAGAUAAAAGCAGCCAAAUCACUGGAGUCCAUCUGUGUUGAGUCUGACCAUUGAAGUCCAGAGACCGCCACCUGCUGGGCAAACUGCGUAUCUACAAUCUCCUCUCUUAACUGUAACACUAUACUACCUUAUGCAUGACCCGUAAUAACAUUAUACGUGUAGUCUUUGCUUUUGCCAAUUUAAUCGUAGAGAAGCAAAGACCAUAUCUAUAGGGUUUAAUAUAGUUCUUUUUAAGCAUUGCCUUCAUGUUGCUAUGACAUUUUAAGUUCGAAGUUGAGAUUAUUUUCAUUAUUUAUUUUUACUUUUAUAAUAUAAAGUUAAUUUAAGAUUUUCUUAAUUUUUUUUGCAAUAUACACCAAUCAGGCACUAUGUUAUGACCACCCGGCUUCAAGCACACAGAUUCAUAACUGACCACUGCAGACCAGCAACACUGCACAAGAGCUGCAGAGGACUAUGUCUAAACCAGAACUCAACCAGGACUAAGGCAAGUCUUAACCAGGUCUAAAUCAGAUCUAAACCAGAACUAAACUAAAUUUAAACCAGAGCUAAACUAGAACUUAAGCAGAAUUAAACCAGAACGAAACCCAGUUUACACUAGGUCAAAACCAAAGCUAAACUAAGACUAAACCAGGUCUAAGCCAGAACUCAACCUGGUCUAAACCAAAUCUAGACCCAGGUCUAAAUUGGGCCUAAACUAGGACUAAACUAGGACUAAACCAUAAAUAAACAAGGACUAAACCAGAACCAAACCACAAAUAAUCAAGGCCUAAACUGUAUCUAUCCAAGAACUAAACUAGGACUAAACUAGAACUAAACCAGGUCUAAACCAGAUAAGCACCUCUGAUAGAUACCGACCCCUGCAGACUAGAAACACCUGCAAAACUGCACUAAACCAGUUCAGGAUGAAACCAGAACUUAAACAAGUCUUACUCUUACCCAGAUUAAACCGGGUCUAAACCGGGUCUAAACCAGGUCUAAACCAGGUCUAAACCAGGUCUAAACCAGGUCUAAACCAGGUCUAAACCAGGUCUAAACCAGGUCUAAACCAGGUCUAAACCAGGUCUAAACCAGAAACAGAUAGAUAUAUAAAUACUUAUCCUAAAGGAAAUUCAAAUAAAUAAAUAGUGCUUAAACAGUAUUAAAGCAGCAUUUAAACCGGGACUUAAACCGGGACUUGAACCUCCUUUGUUUCUCACUCCACCUGCCUGUGGUCGUAAUAUUAUGGCUGAUUGGUGCAUGCCUGAACACUCCAUUAGACUAAACAGACAGGGUAACUUUAGCUAACCUCAUUCAUCAUAGUUCACAUAUAACAUAUAACUUUAUAUAAAAAUACCUUAUGGUGUGUGGGGUUAAGUCCAACAUUUAGGAAAAUUGUAUGAUACUGUCUGUUAAUAACAUUCCAGUUAGAUCAUAACACAAUGAGAUCUAUACAGAAAAUCUGUUAAUUAAAAGAAAAAAUAAUUGUUUAUAAAUAGAACUUGAGGUAAUAUUUUCAGUGAUUUUGACAAUGACCAGUUUUAUUAGAUUGAGAAAUAUAGUCCAGUAUUUUGAGGGAUUUAUCAAAACAAGGAAGCCUAAAAGGUAUUUGGUGUUUUUGAUUUAUUUUUUGAGUGAAGAUGUUUAAUAUCUCAUUCAAAAAUAAUAAUAAUUGUUGAAUACUGCAAGCAUUGUUAUAGAAACAUGAUUUGUAUUUAUCUGAUUGGAUCAUUUCUUGAGAACCAAAACACCAAAAGUAAACAUCAAGACCUUAGCCAUCAUGUCCAAUGUUUUUAUAAGUAAGAAUAAAUCAGCAUCUCAAUAGGUUGUGUUCACAUCUCAGCCAGUUUAACAUUGAGCUGGAGGACAGAAUCCUCUGGUGAGAUUUGAUACUGUGAGACUGGUCAGGUCAACACAUCUGCAUAGACAUGAUUGUUGUCAGUUGAAAGGAGUUAAAGCCAUAGGAUUAAUAUUGUAGGUAUGUGGAGCCAAUCCCAAACAAAUAAUGAUAAGGUUUAAUGUUUUUGGAUUGUUAAUUUGGAUAACUCUUCUAUGAAAUGAUACAAGUCCUCCCCUCCAUCAUGUCACCGUGAAAUACUAUAACGUGAACACAACCUUUUGUUAUUAUCAGUAAAUUUCAUUUGCACAGACAUCUUCCCUGUCCACAAAUGCACAAAGCACCGACCUUCUGCACCUGUUUCACAAACUAAAUGGUCCAUGUUGACGCUUAAAUAGUCUUAAGUACGUCUGUAGGCGUCGCCAUGAUUGUUUUGAUCGGCUUGGGCGCUUGGCCUUUGGCCUCUGCACAAACCUCAAUGCUGCUCUGUGAUUGGUCCUUACAGCGAGACUCUCUCAAGAUGGAUUCUCAUGAGUUCGUGAACUCACAGAUAUUGUGAGAAUCCAUCUUGCUUUGCAAGGUUAUAACAAUAUAACAUGGUUAAAAGAUCAAACAAGUCCAUUUUGCGUAAUUUGUGUUCUUUAAAGUCUGAAACCAGUGCUUGUCCCGUGCUGUGCUUGUCCUCUACUCCUGUAGUAGUACUUGUAGUAGUAGUAGUAAAAGUACUUGAGCUUGAGUGCGUACUUGCCGCUGUCUCGUUAACACUGUGUAGUAGUGGUGGUUCUGCCUCUGACCGCAGUAUUCAAAGUGCUCUUGUUUUUAUAAUGGUGCCUGUUGUGGCUAUUCGAAUGUUUUAGCUGUAAGAAUUCUAUUAAGGGUCACUUAUCCUGCUUGGAAUAUGGAGAACUAUAUUUUACUUUUGGGUGCAUAGUGGCUCAGUGGUUAACUUUAUAGAUACCUGACAAGAAGUAACAUUGUGGUAGCAUUUUAUAAUUACUGCAACUUAUUUAGCCUUAAUAAAGCACAGCAAACAAACCUCAAAUCAUUAAUUAAGAAUGAUUCAGGCUUACGUACAGUGACUUUAAUUAGAGGGUUAGAAUGAUAAGUUACUAAGCCUGAAUCAUUCUUGAUAAACGAUUUGUUCAUUAUGAAGUCUUUGUUUGUGCUUUAAGUGGAGUUAUUAUAAAGUGCUACCAAAAUUGCUUCUUGUCAAUGUGCCAUAAAUGGGUUGUGAAAAAUAAGGCCAAUGCAAUCUGAAGUCACAAUUCAAAACUAAAUAUUCUAUCUUUAAAAUGUUCAAAAGGCCACAAUAUGCACUCAUAACAGAAAGAAGCCAUGAGGAAGUAAGUUCUUGCGCCCUCUGCUGGUGUUUUGUAUGAAGAUUUAAGACUCCUAUAAAAUGGAAACAUCAAAAUCCUCUUACCAGUUUCACUUUGUUUACCUCAGUAGUAUAUUACAUUUGCUAAAUAUAGUUAGUUAAAACCUUGGAUAUGUUUUUAAGUUAAAGUUCCUGAUUCUGGGACAGUAAAACUCUUUAUAAUUAGAUGCAGGCAGCACACAACAGACUUAUUUUGACCUGAAGAGCUGCUUAUACAAUAUAUCUGCACUGGGACAAGAAUGCUCAGCUCUGAUACAGACAGAAUAAGUGACCUUUUAGGACCUGGCAUUUUGAUUCCUGUAUUUCUGAAGUAUACUGUCCAUUUUAGCUUUGGGCUAAUAGUAAAACUGUACAAACUACUUUUAAGAAUGUCACUGUUGUGUUUCAUGUUUUAUUUCAAAACUGUAAAUAACUUUUUUUAAUGAUAAUUUCUGAUUGUGUCUGUAUUUAUCUUGAGCCUCCUAAUGUUUUUGUAAUCAGACUUAUGCUAAAGAAUAAACUGCUGUCUAUACACACCGUGUUGAUGUUG